ACAACGGCACCGCAAAGCCUUCAGCAAAGCAGGAAGAUAUCAGUGUCAACAUAGCCUGGAAAGCCUACGAUCAUAUUUUUCUCUUUAGCGGCCGAAAAAUCCCAAACUUUAGCAGCUAAAGUUUUAGCUGUCUUUGGGUUUCCAAAAUAUUGGGAAAUCUUGAUGGGAGAGGGGAAAAAAUAGCGUUAAAAGUUUGGUAACGCAAAAUCCCUCGCGUUUCGUGAGAGGCCACAGAGUUAGGAUUAAAAUCGUUUGGUCCUUGUCGGCCGCAUCGUCUGACAAUGAAGUUCUUGGACCAACUCAAAUUACUCGUAUGGAAAAACUUUACGCUUCGAAAGCGUCAGCACCUGAGAAAUUUGGUGGAAAUUGUUUGGCCACUAGUGCUCUUUAUAAUUCUGGUUGCAAUACGUAAUCGUAAAAAUUAUGGUGCUACAAAUAUGCCUGAUAGUAUUUACAGACCACGUGCACUUCCAUCAGCUGGUUUUUUCCCAUUUGCAAGGUCAUUUUUGUGUGACUUUAAAAACACAAAAACAAAUGAUCCUGAUGAGCUGCUGAAUGGAUUGCCAAAUCUGAGAAGUUCAAGUUUGGGUAGAUUGAUUGAGGAUGCCCUUCCUCUUAUGGCAAACAGCACAGUUAGAGAAAGAAUUCUUAGAAUUAAUUCAGAUCGCUCAAAUUUUGAGAGGGAUUAUCAAGCUUGGUCUGACUUAGUGAGAUCUAGGCAACUACAGUGGCGUGGAUAUAAUCUAUCAGCUGUCCCACUUGACCAGUUACUGAAGGAUCCUGCUGAAUUUCAGGAAUUUCUUUACAACAAAACUAAUCUCAGCCCAAGAGUGAUAUCAGAGCUCUUAAGUAGCACAGUGAAUGUGCAAAAGAUUGCAGAAUUUGCUCAGCCAUAUAUGAUGUCAACAUCAGACUCAUUAUCAUGGCCACCUCAAAAUCCACUCAGCUACUUUCCAUUCCUGUCAUCUGGUGAAAGCCAACAAAGGAACUUACUUUGGGCUCUGCUUUUAUGGAGAAUUGAAGAUAGUCUUAGGUCUGAAGGAAGAGUCAGUGGCAGUCUUGUGAGGCAGGUCAUCUGUGAUGCUCAAUCUCCAGUUAAUCUUGGAGAAAUUCUCAGUGGCCCUGGAAAUGUGACUGAGGUGAAGAUGGCUUUGUGCAAACUGAAUAACACUGUUCUUGGUGAACUUGGAAGUGAAUUACAAACUCAGAUCAAAGUGCCAAAUGUCACUGACCUUCAGAGUUACCGAGGAAAUUUGACAGAUGUGCUUAACUCCUUAACAAAUGAUUAUCGGAAUAUUGCUGAAGAUGUUCAAGCCUUAGAAUCCCUCUCUCAGGUCUCAAGGGACUAUUUUUAUCUUAUGCAAGAAUUUAAUGACAGAGAUAAUGGUGGAGGUUUCCGAGAAACACUUUGUGGUAAUGGUCGCAGUCUGCCUGAGGACGAUGGUACUGGAAGUGGCGGUGGAUCGAAUGGAAGCCAGGGCCAAGGCUGGCAACAAGCCCCUCUUGGAUUGUUGGCAGCCGCGUGUGGCCAAGAUUUGCCGAAUGGUACUUUUGAUGAUGUUCCACCUGGCGUCAAUCCCAUAGACUAUUAUUUGAACAUGACGCAGAAUAUGAAUUUGGCCCGAUAUGAUGAUGAUGAAGAAGAAAAUGCAAAAAGGAAAGCUGAUGAAAAGUCUUGCUCAAAUCUUACAUCUGUUUACGACAAGUAUAAUGUCACUGGGGAUAAGGACUCUUGUACAGUCAUUGAUCCAAAGUGGCGAGUUGACUGUGGUUGGCCAGGCAUCUCAGCGGAACAAUGCAAACGAAGGGGUUGCUGUUUUGAUUCCUCGAAACCUGGAACUCGCUUCUGUUUCUACAAAGCUGAGGACGCGGGAUGUAACUGUUAUUUGAACCAGUUCGUACGCAGUGUGGGCGGCGUAACCGGAAACGCAGGUCAAGGGGAUAGAGACACGGGAUUUGUUCAAUUCAGCUCAUUGUUCUUAAAGGGAAAGAUCCUGUACACUCCUGAUAACAAUGUGACCCGUUAUAUCAUUCAACAGAUAAAGAAUGAGCUGUCUGAUAUUACUCGGAUACGAGACUUUGCCUCCUGGUGGGUGAAUAAUUCAGACUAUAUCCACAAGAGUGUUUUGAAUUACACUAACCUGCUCAAGAGACCACUGGACUCGAGGAUUUGUGAACUAUCGAAUGUCCUGAGAACUGGAGCAAACCCAGACUGGUCUGAGGUGUCUUUGAACUUGUUAAAUUCUUCUGCUCGUCGUAACAUUACGAUAAUACCAGAAUCAUUUAAUGUCACCACUGUGCUGAAUAGCUUGGAUCAGUUGUUUGGAACGAUCCUCAGAGUCUUUAAAUGUGCAUCGCAUGAGUACUUUGAAGGCUAUAAGGAUGAAGAUUCCUUGGUUAAACGUGCCAUUAAUACGUCUGAGGUACCAGCUAUUGCAAGUUUAGUGUUUGAAGAUUCUGUCGGCGACCUCGAUAAUGUUCCCAAGUUUAUCAAGUACAAGAUACGACAGGACGUGGAUUAUACCCCAGCUACAAACAGGAUACGUCGUUGGUAUUGGCGCCCAGGCCCUCAAGAUAGCUUCUUCAAACAGAGAUACUUCAAUUUUGGGUUUUUGUACUUGCAAGACUUGAUUGAUCGCGCUUUGAUGAACAUAUUGCUGAAUGAGACCAUUGAGGAACCGGGAGUAUACAUGCAGGAGUUUCCUUAUCCAUGCUACGUCAAGGACAAGUUUGUAUUCUAUAUCGGUGGCACAAUGCCGUUGUUCAUGACCCUGGCCUGGAUAUUCAGUGUGGCAAUGAUAAUCAGAGGUGUUGUUCACGAGAAGGAACGGCGUCUUAAAGAAGUCAUGAAGGUAAUGGGUCUUGGUAAUGGUGUGCACUGGGUGGCUUGGUUCAUUAACAGCUCGAUUCUUAUGGUCAUCACAAUAGCUUUACUUGUUGCUGUCCUGAAAGGCGGCAAGAUCUUAUGGCACAGUAAUCCUGUGGUUAUCUUCUUGUUCUUGUUCGUGUUCAUGAUCGCCACUAUUAUGAUGUGUUUCUUGAUCUCGGUGUUCUUCGCCCGAGCAAACUUGGCCGCAGCUUGUGGAGGAAUCAUCUUCUUUGUGACCUAUUUACCUUAUGUAGUGGUGCGGUGGUUCGAGCAGUAUAUGACUACGGGACAGAAAGCUAUUGCGAGUUUACUAUCCACAACAUCCUUUGGUGUCUGCUGCAAUUACUUGGCGCGGUAUGAAGAGCAGGGGGUUGGUGCCCAGUGGUCAAACUUCUUCUCGAGUCCUGUUUCAGGCGAUGGUUUCAGUCUAGGUUAUGCAAUAUGUAUGAUGAUGAUUGACGCUGUCAUUUACGGCAUCCUCACUUGGUACAUAGAAGCUAUUUUGCCAGGUCAGUACGGUAUUCCACGACCCUGGUACUUCCCAUUCCAGAAGUCUUAUUGGUUUGAAGUUGCCAACAAAAAGGUCUUGGAGGUUGAUGCAUCGGGUACACAGCGAGUAACCAGUCGCUCUGAAAGCAGAGGAGCGGUGUCCUACAGAAGUGAUAGUGGAGGAAUGGACGAAGUUGCCUUCCAAGACGAAGACAGGUGUAGUGUGACAGAGAAAGAACCCACUCAGCUCCCCUUAGGAUGUUCAAUCAAGAACUUGGUUAAGAUUUACAAAGAUGGCAACAAAGUUGCGGUAGACGGAUUGAGUCUCAACCUGUACCAAGGACAAAUUACGUCAUUUCUCGGCCAUAAUGGCGCUGGAAAAACUACUACAAUGUCUGUAUUGACCGGUUUGUUCCCCCCAACAUCGGGUACUGCCAUUGUUAACGGGUACGACAUCCGAAAAGACAUCGAUUUGGUUCGAAAAAGCCUCGGAAUCUGCCCACAAUACAACGUUUUGUUUGAUAAUUUGACCGUGUCUGAACAUCUGUGGUUCUAUGCUUCGCUGAAGGGGAUGCCUAAGGAAGAUAUCCCGGCCGAAGUUGAGAGAUUCUUAAAAGAUGUUGGCUUGGAGGAUAAGAGACAUGAAUUAUCUUCUUGUCUCUCUGGCGGAAUGAAACGGAAACUCUCCGUGGCCAUGGCCUUUGUAGCAGGCUCUAAAGUCGUCAUCCUGGAUGAGCCCACAGCUGGUGUGGACCCAUACGCACGGCGAGGAAUCUGGGACUUGCUUCUCUACUACAAAACAGGCCGCACUGUGCUUCUCUCCACGCAUCACAUGGACGAGGCAGACAUCUUGGGAGACAGAAUCGCCAUUAUCUCACAGGGGAAGCUUCAGUGCUGUGGUUCUUCUUUGUUCCUCAAGGGACAUUAUGGCAACGGGUACUACAUGACACUCACUAAGAAGGCUCCAGAGGAGAGGCCUGGUACGGCAAGGACCUUAAAGGACGUGACGUUAAUGGGGUCGGGCCCUUCAACCGGGAGCUCUCUAGAUGAAGGUGUUGGCAUGGACUCAUUGGACGCUUCAGAACAAGGGAGCCUCAAUUCCGUGCCUGCAAAAUCCUCCUCAGACCCCUCUCUGCAUGUCACUGAAGUGUUCUGCAAGGAGUCAGCGGUAACUUCCUUCGUCAAGGCCUAUAUCCCCUCCGCUGAACUGAUCGAGGACAUUGGGUCCGAGCUAACUUACGUUCUGCCUACUGAGUUAGCUGGAGAAGGCCGCUUCCAGGAUCUGUUUGAAGAGCUUGAUAGAAACUUGGAUAAACUACACAUUGGUAGUUAUGGCGUGUCAGAUACCACUCUUGAAGAGGUUUUCUUGAAAGUAGCCGAAGAAGCCAACGCCGAAGAAGAAGACAUGCUUGCCGCUGAGAUGCCCAAACGCCGACCCAGUUUCCGCACUCAGUUGAGCCGCAGUUCAAGAAUAAGCGACAGUUACAAUGACAGAGAACAGCUAUUGGCUGAUGAUAGUCUAGAAUCAAAUGCAGAGGACGACACCCCCUCUGUGUUGGAUGCUCUGGAUGGAGUUUACGACGGAGAAAAGAGACUGACAGGUGUCAAGUUACUGAAAGGACAAUUCUGGGCUCUGCUAGUUAAACGGUUCCAUCAUACCAGAAGAAAUCGGAAAGGAUUCGUUUCUCAGAUUCUGCUACCUGCUUUCUUUGUCUGCCUGGCCAUGCUCGUGUCACAGAUCAGACCAGUUUCAGAGAUGCCAGCACUUGAACUGAACACCGACAUGUUCUUAGACCUCGAUCCACAUGAGCAUUACUUGGCGUUUGCUUUGGAUGACAAUGGAAAGUCAGUUUUGACGCAAAACAUGAUGGAUAUGCUGGUGCAGUAUCCGGGAGUUGGGACGUCCUGUUUGGAAAAUUCCUGUAAAAGAAAACCAAUAAAAUUCAGUCCGGCUCCAAAAGAAAAUGUCAGUACUUUACAAUGUGACUGUCGAUCAACCGGAACUGCAAAAUGUCCCGCGGGUGCCGGCGGCCCUAGGCCUUCUCAGUGGCAGUCGUUUACUGGUGACAGGCUACAGAACUUGACUGGGCGCAAUAUGACGGACUAUCUGCUCAAGACGUAUCACAAUUUUAUUCGAAAGAGAUAUGGAGCUGUAACCCUCGGAGAUAACUUCAGAAAUCUGCCUAGCUCUUUCUCUCAGUCAAACGUUUCGUACCUCAGCGGUAUUUUUAAGCAGCGCAAUGCAAAGGCCUGGUACAACACUAAGGGUUAUCAUGCUGCUCCGACAUUCCUAAACAUACUGAACAAUGUGAUCCUCAGAGGCAAGGCUCGCGAGAAAGGACUGAAUGCGUCACUGUUUGGUAUUAACACCUUUAAUCACCCUAUGAACUACACCAAGGAACAGCUGAGCGAGGAAAAUCUUUUCAACCGUAUUGUUGACGUGCUUGUGGCCAUCUGUGUGGUGUUCGCCUUGUCGUUCGUUCCCGCCAGCUUUGUUGUCUACCUAGUCAACGAGCGAGCCUGCAAAGCCAAGCAUCUGCACCUGGUCAGCGGUGUGCGCCCGUUCAUCUACUGGCUCGCUUCGUACGUCUGGGACUUGUUCAACUACCUUAUUCCAGCAGUGUGUUGCAUCUUCAUUUUCUUGGCCUUUGGUGAAGACUCUUACACUUCAUCAAGUAAUUUCGCACCGACCUUCCUUCUUCUUAUCCUUUACGGAUGGGCCAUCACACCUCUCAUGUACCCGGCGUCUUUUCUAUUCAAGGAGUCAAGCACAGCUUACAUCGUUUUGAUUUGUGUCAACAUAUUUAUUGGAAUCAACACUACUCUGGCUACAUUCAUCUUGGAGUUCUUUGUUGACGAUAAGGAGCUCAUUGCGGUUGUCGAGAUGCUGAAGAAAAUUUUCCUAAUUUUUCCAAAUUUCUGUCUGGGCCGAGGAUUAAUCGAUCUAGCUAGAAAUCAGUUUAUGGAUGUAUUUGAGAGGUUUGGGCAAAAUUUGGUUCGAGAUCCAUUCAGCUGGGACAUCACUGGCCGAAACAUUAUGAUGUUGAUCAUUCAAGGCUUUGUGUUCUUUUUCUUCACUGUCUUGAUCGAAUAUCGCUUCUUCCUGCCGAAAAGACGGGUGGAUGUCACCCUCAAACCAUUAGAAAACGAAGAUGAAGACGUAGAAAAGGAACGAGAACGAAUUGAAAGAGGAGAAGGAACGGAUGACAUUCUGCGACUCAAGAAUCUCACUAAGGUGUACAAAACUAGACGGAUGAGAAACGUGGCGGUGAAUCGGCUGUGUGUCGGGGUCCCCAAAGGCGAGUGUUUUGGAUUGCUUGGAGUAAACGGCGCUGGAAAAACAAGCACCUUCAAGAUGUUGACAGGCGAUAUUUCAGUAACUUCAGGAGAAGCCUUUGUCGAUGGCUACAGUGUCUUAACUGACAUUCACAACGCGCACCAAUCCAUGGGAUACUGUCCUCAGUUUGAUGGGCUGGAUAGUAAGCUGACUGCCGUUGAACACCUUCGACUGUAUGCACGCCUCAGAGGAGUUCCCGAAAAAGACGUCAAACAGGUCGUCGAGAGCCUCAUUGCUCGGAUGAAUUUGACUGAAUACGCCAACAGAUGUGCAGGAGGGUACAGCGGAGGAAACAAGAGAAAACUUUCCACAGCUAUUGCUUUAGUUGGCAAUCCACCAAUUGUUUUCCUGGACGAACCGACCACAGGUAUGGAUCCAAAAGCUCGCCGAUUCUUAUGGAACGUAAUCACUAGUCUCGUAAAAGAAGGACGCACAGUCAUUUUGACUUCCCACAGUAUGGAAGAAUGUGAAGCACUGUGUAGUCGAGUUGCCAUCAUGGUCAAUGGACAAUUUAAGUGUCUCGGCAGUCCACAGCACCUCAAGAACAAAUAUGGAGAUGGCUAUACAGUGACUCUGCGAAUUGGAGGAGAAAAUCCCAAUCUGGAAGCUGUGUCGGAGUUCAUAAAAAGCUUAUUUCCUAGUGCUGUUCUCAAGGACCAGCAUCAUAACCAGUUGCAGUAUCAAUUCCCAUCUCAAGGCCUUGUUCUCUCUAAAGUGUUUGGUCACAUCGAAGCCAACCGAAAAAUAUUCGACAUUGAAGACUAUUCCGUUUCACAGACAACCCUUGAUCAGGUGUUCAUUAACUUUGCAAAGAAUCAGACGGAUGGUGAAGAAAAUGAAGACGUUGCCAGUUACCCGCGUGAGUUCGCGAUCAGCGAACCGCCGUACCGUGACGAGGACGCCGGGCCAAGAGCGUCGUUUGUCCGUUUGUCCGAUUAUCCACGUUUUGGGGAUGUUGAGGUCUGAAUCUCCCUUAAAAAGUUAGAGAGAACGAAGAAAAGAAAUUCUGAUCCCUCUCCGGAAAUUGCCCUUUCUAAAUCACCGCCAUUUCUUUUCUACCGACAAACAAGCAGUUCAGUUCAGUUCACAGAAAAAUUUUUUAACUGUACGAAAUGUUUCCAUCAAUGGAGGUGUCUCUUUAGUGGGGGAACAUGAACAAAGGUAAUAGAUACAGUUUAGAUAGGAUCAAUGGUUGUGUCCCAUGAACAAAGGUUUUCCGUAAGUAUAAGUGUGUCAAAAGAGAAGUUGCAUUUUAAACUUAACCCUUUAACUCCCAAGAUCUGAUUGUUAAUUCUCCCCUCUUGCUGUUACACAUUUCCUUGUAAAUUGGGAACAAGAAUUUAGUGAUAGAUCAAGAUAAUGACUUUUACCCGAUGAGUUUGAAUAUCCUCAUCACCUGUUUGCUGGUUACAUGUAUGGAUAUUUUACAGAGUAGUUUCAUGUUCAUCAAUUCUGGGAGUUAAAGGUUUAAGACAUUGAAUUGAAUUUGUAGUAGGUAGAAAUAUAGGGUCUGGUGGCUUUUGAAUUUUCGUUUUUACUUUUAAGUACCUAUGCCUUUUAAACGGCAGUAAUUUUUGACUUUGAACCUAUUCUAUCUUGUUUCGUUGUCUGCUAUUUCUUAGUUUGCUGUUAAAAUUUUUACUGCCGAUGUAAUUUGAGCAUUUUUUAAGACGCUUACUGUUAGGUUGAAACUGAUUUAGCUUUUUUUCAAGUUUAAAGAAAUAGUGGAGAAAAGAAAUGAAAAUUGGAAUCUGUUGAGAGUAGAUAUAUAAAAGAGCGUGUAUGCCAGUAGAAUUUUCUUACUAGUACUCUGCCUUCAUCGUUAAAUCUAUAAGUUUCCUAAGUUGGAAUCGGUUUACUGUAGUCCAUUUCCAUUCUGACAUCCGCAACACAUUUCUAUUUCCACAUGCGCAAUGUUAGUGCUCUGGAUGCUCGAUUAAGGCUGAAGCUCAAGCGGGAUUCGCACAGAAAAGCUAAAUGGGUUCAGUCAUCUUUUUUGCUAUAAUGUUUCUAAAUGCAGCGUUGUCUGUUUGUCUCCCAAGCUACUUGGCAAAAUAAUGGAGGUUAUCUAAGUUGGGAAGUGGCGACGGCGAAACGAAAAUCCAACAGGGGAGGGGACGGACAAAACACAGAUUCUCGUCUCUCUCCCUUACCCCCUCCCUCUCUCCCCACCCCCCUCUCCUCUCUCCCUGCCCUCCUGCCCUUCGGCUCCGCGGUUGCUUGUUAGGAAUUAUUAAGUUAGGCUGGGACAACUGGAAGCUUGAGGUCUACCGGAUCUGAGGCUACAAGCUCCCGAUGUCUUUUUAACGUAUUCCUUUUGCUUUUAAGGUUAGGAAAUAGCUUGUAAAAUGUGUGUUUUCAAAGAAACGGGUUGCAAAACAACCUUUAAUUUAUUAGACUUAGUACGCCCUCAAUAAAUUUUGAACAUUGGUACCUAGUACACAUCUCGGUAGAAAAUAACAGAGGUAAGCCUGGUAACAACAGUCUGGCACUGUUGUUCUGUUGUUCAGCUUCAUCCGUUUUUUUCUGCUGCGAUUAGACUUGGUAACAAGUAGUGUUAUUACAGAUAUAAAUUGUCUAAGAACUUAUUUUGUAAAUGUUUUAUUUUUAGGUAUCUUUAUAUUUGUUGUACUUGUUUUAAGACAUGAAAUUUCUCAAUAAGAGAAACACGUAGGUUAAAUACAGGAAACAUUUCUUUCGAAGAGAAACUUCCUAAAAAACCUUGUGUUUUG